GGGUCGCCGUAGCGAAUGUCAUCAGUUACCACAAGCUCAUACAGCCAGGAACAUCUCCAAAAAUCGGAGCUGUUCUUAGUACAGAUAUUUCCACUUGUCGUUUUAGAGUCUCUUAAUAACUGUAUCGUUUUACCCACGCACAAUAUGCGUGCUUUCGUGAUUUUUGCCUUUGUGGCCACGGCUUAUGGCCGGCCAGAACCACCGGUUGGUUACAGCUACCCAGCUCCCGUAAGACAUUCAGUCCCAUCGGGUAGCUAUGGAGCACCAUCCAUUGGAAUCAGUGGAAUUUCCGCUGGUGGCCAUUCAGGCGGCCUAUCUUUCGGUGGUGCCUCAAGUGGUCACUCAAGCAGUGGACUAUCCUUCGCUGGAAGCAGUGGAAGCUUUAGUUCAGGAAGUUUCGGUGGCAGCCUUGGAGGUGGAUUCGGUGGUGACUCUGGAUUUGGUGGCAACUAUGCUGGUGGAUACUCCGGUGCUCCUCUCGUUCAAAAACAUAUCUACGUUCAUGUUCCACCACCAGAACCCCAAGAACAAAGACUGCCACGCAUAACACCAGUUGCUCCUCCACAAAAACAUUACAAGAUUAUCUUCAUCAAGGCCCCAACUCCACCAACCCCUAUUGCUCCUAUUAUACCUGUUCAACCACAAAACGAAGAAAAGACCCUCGUGUACGUCCUCGUUAAGAAGCCCGAACAACAGCCCGAAAUUGUCAUUCCAACCCCAAUCCCUACUCAGCCGUCAAAACCAGAAGUUUACUUCAUCAAGUACCAAACCCAAAAGGAAUCCGAUGCUGGUAUUGGUGGUGGUGCUGGUUUUGGAGGUGCUGGUAUCGGAGCUAUCGGAGGUGGUGCUAUCGGAGGUGGUGCAAUUGGGGGUGGUUCAAUCAGUGAUGGUGCUAUCAGUGGUGGUGAUCUUGGAGGUCUUGGCGGUGCAUCUGGCAUCGAAGGAAGCGCCAUAAACGUCGCAUCUGGUCAUGGCGGAGCAGAGCUGUCCGCCGACUUUGGAUCAGGCAGUUCCGACGAGGGGGCCUCGUUGAGUGGUCACAGUGGUGCUACCAACACACAGUACGGUCCUCCCGGACAUGUAGCUGGACCACUUCACUAAUUUGACAAGAAUCUACAGUGGUAGGAGAUAAUAUAAGAUAUUUUUAGUAUACAUUGCUGAGCGAAAAUAACACCGCGGUUUUAAUGUAUAAAAAUCAUUAACGAGGCUAAAAACUAAAAUAGCUUGUUGGUCACGUCUUGAGUCUGCUGUAGAAUGCAUCUGUACAUAGUCAAGCCGUGUUCUAUUGCAGACUCUGAUAGAAAUCAUAAUUUGUUUGAUAUUAUUUUUAAAUUUUGUCAUCUUUACUUGUUAUUUGCGCACAGUGUUAUAGUUGUUUCAUGAAAGUAUUUUACUGCGACUGUUACGGAUUUGUAUUAUGAAUAGCUUUUUUAUUUUUUUAAUAAAAAUUUUAAUGCAACAA